CCUUUAAAUGGGAAAUGACUGAAAUUUAGGCAUUGAGGGAACUCAUGGGGUGAGGGAGACAGAGGAGCUGGACGUUCUCAGAAGGCUGGAUCCACGGAUAGAGGACACAGUGCCCCGCGCAGAAUGGGCCCUGGCAGCUGGGAAGAGCUGUUCACACCACAUCCUGGGAUCCCAACCCUCCCCACACCACAUCCCAGGAUCCGGCCAGGGGAGGGCUGCUCACACCACCUCCCAGGAUCCGGCCAGCAGGGAGGGCUGCUCACACCACCUCCCAGGAUCUGGGCUCUAAGCGAACAUGCACCAGGACGGCCCAGCAUCGUCUAUUCUCUUUUGAAAUCAAAACCCCAAAGCGCCUGCUAGCUCAGCCUCCGUGACUUAACAACACUUGGUGGUGAAAUACUAGCAAACGGAUGUCGUUAGUUGAAAGCACAGGCAUCCUAGCAGCCCAGGCGGCGACGGGAGUGUGGGAUCGCACCGUGAGUGACAACAAAGGCACGGGAAGCACUGGAGGCAUUGCUGUGCUCACUUCCGCGGGCAGAAGUCUAGGGGUGCCCAGGGGUCUCUGGAAUGUCGGUUCAGCACCCCUGCAGCCACCGCAGGAGUGCGGUCCUCACGCCUGCCUGUCCUCGUCCUUCAGCGGGUAAAGGGCAAUGUCUGCGUCUGCUGGGCUCUCCCAUCAUAUCAUGCAACAGAAAUGGCCUUGGCUUUGAAGUCAGACCCAUUUGUCCCUGCCAGCCUGGCCUCUUCCUGCUACAGACACUGGCACUGUCCUUGCCGCUCUGAGGAAUGGUAGCAAUAGUUCACCUGCAAGGCCUUGGGAGGGGGUCUGAGCUGGAUGGUUAGACUCGCAGGCCCCCGCAGGCCCCCGCAGGCCACAAUGGCUGCUGGUGGGAGACACAGCCUCUGCUGUUCUCGCCUUGGGAAUUGUCCUCCGAGGAAUCCAUACAGCCGGCCAGGGGCCAGGACCCGUUCUCUUUGGCUCCCUGGGAGGCAGCGCAGGAGGAAGCCUGAGGCUCACACGGGCAGGUCCUGCCACCUCUGAGAGUCCAGCAGGCUCAGAUCUCCACCCCAGGCUACCAUGGAGGUUGAUAACCCAUGGCAGGCCACGUUUUUCUCCCUUCAACCUUCUUCCCCGGAGAAUCUUCAUCACUUACCUAAAAAGCCUGAAAACACUUCCUGGGAGAGGCCCUGCCUGCUUCCCUAUCCCCAGGCAAGAAGGAAGGACAUGUCCUCCCUCAGGGCCACUCACAGGGAAGGGCUGGAACACCUCCUCCUCCUUGGUAGGUCUGGGGAUAGUUUCCUGAACAAUCCGAAGUCACAACCACCACCUUGAAAUCUCCAGGAAGUCAAUGUUGCAAACUCACUUAAUUUUAUUAUUAAGUUUUGCCCCAUGAAAUGUUUGUGAGAUGGAGCCAGCAGCUAAGAGACGGACUGAGAAAAGUUUCAGCUACGUCAUCAGAGCCCCCAGCAGCGAGGGGUUUGAUGUAAUGAACGUUGAUGUGAAGAUUGACACAUCCUGGAUAUUCCAGGACAUGGAAGAUAGUGCUGAGGAGCGGGAAUGUCUUCAGGAAGAAGUAUCUGGUCACCCAGACGUGGAUACAGGGGUGCUCAGGAGGCAGCUGGAGUCCUCUGAGCAGAAGCUGUUAGCGGCGGUGAACAAGCACGUGACAUCAGAGUCCGGGCUGAGAAGCAGAAUUCAGGAGCUGGAGCUGUCAGAGAGGAAUCUCCUCCGGAAGGUGGACCAGCUGAGUGCCCGCAUGGCCCAGGAGAGAAGCACCUGGCUCGAGGCCCAGGAGAAGCUGGCAGCGCUGCAGGGGGAGCUGGCCAGCCGGGUCCGGGAGAAAGAGAGCUUGGCCAGGCGGCAGCGGUGGCGGCUGCGGCGGUUGCGGGAGCGGCUGCUGCGCAAGGACGAGGCGCUGGGGCAGCAGGAGGCGGCCCUGGAGCAUUGCCGGCGGACUCAGCGGCGCCAGCUAGGCCUGGUUCGCCAGCAGGAGCGCGUUCUGCGGGCGCAGGUGCAGAGGCUGGAGCGCGACGUGCGGCGCCUCUGCCGCGCCGCUGGCCUCCUGCUGGCCCAGUGGGACACAGCGGCCCCGGGCCCCCAGGGCGCCCUGGAGGCGGCUGCUGAGCUGCGCGCCCUGCAGGCGAAAGCCGAGCGCAGCGAGCGUGAGCGGGAGGAGGCGGCGCGCAGGCUGCGGGAGCAGGGAGCCACCGAGCGCCGGCUCCGCGAGCAGCUGGAGGAGCUGCGCUGCUGCAUCUACGGACUGAAGCUGUCGGAGAUCGGCCUGCAGGGCCAGGUGGAGGACCUCGCCCAGCAGAACCAGUGCCUGCGAGAGGAGCUGGGAGCCCAGGUCCUGGAUGCCCUGGGCUGUGUUCAGGGUGACUCACUGCCCCUGCCCAGAGAGGAGGCCCUGGACCCCUGUAGAAGCCAAGGCUGGCAGAGCUCUCUGCGGUCCGACGAUGUUCCUGGACAAAGGGGCUCAGCAGGCCAGUCCCCAGAGGAGUCCUGUGCCUGGAGCAGCUUUGGGCCUGGACAGGCCUCUUCUGUUUUGGCUCCAGGCCCGGAGACCACAAGUGAGCUCCCAGGAGACCUGGCAGGAUUCGAUCGUGAUCAGCUUACUCUGGCAGAGCCCAGCUUGGAUGGACAGAUUCUUCUCCUGGUCUGUGGCUGCCCCCCAAGGGAGUGCUUGGACAAGUCACUCCUCCCCAUGGACCCGGCCCAGAUUUCAGAGAAUCUGGCAGCCAACCCGGCCCCAGAGGCCUUCCUCCUGGUGCAGACGUCUACACGCCCUCUCUGGGGGCUGGCUGGGGACUCAGCUUCUUGGCCACUCCAGGAGUUUCCGCUCGAUGGACUACAAACCCAAGAUGAGUUGGUCACCGCGUCCCCACCCCCUCCCAAAGCCACAGGACACCCUGGCUGGGAUUGUCACCAGGCAAGAGACCAUGGUGCCUCCCUCUUCCAUGACGCCCCCCACAUUUCAAAUCGUCGAUUUCCCAAAAGAGACCCUAAGGAUCUGAAAGACACUUGGAACAACAGAGGAGGAAGCCUGGGGAGAAGAACCGAAGAUGGGGAGGCAAGGGGGACUUUGGGCAGGAAGGGGAAAAACCUCAGUGACAAGCACCAGCCAAGUCAGGAAAGCCAUCAGAACCUGAGCCUGGAGAACCGGGCUGGAGCCACAGAGGUCGUGCAGGACCAGAACGGGGCUUCCAAAAACAAGGCCACCACCUACUGCCCGGAGCCCUGGCAGGAGUUUCUGAUGCCUCUUCUACAGCGGGAGGCCUCAGUGUCAAAGGAGGGGCCUGAAUCCCUGAGCAGGAGGGGAAGAGUGGAAGGAUAUGCCUGGGGUCUCAGAGGAGGACUGUCAUCAGAGAAGGAAGGCGCGGCGCCCCCAGCCACCUUCUCCAGCGCUCACGAGACCAAAGAGCCGAGGCCAACAGACAGUCAGCUCCUGGCAGGGAGAGGCAGAGGUUUCGGGAGGACAGCUAGGGGCAAGGAGGAAAGCCAGGUGUGGCUUGGAAAUGCUCAGAUUCUACAAGGAGAAAGCCCGGAAGACAAAGGGCUAGAGGAGGAGGACGAGGUACCGCAUCAAGAAGCGUCCAAUCCGGGGUGCAGGGGUGCGCCAGAGGAGCCUGACUCCCAGAGACAUGAGAGCAAGGAAAUGCUUUUCUUUGUGGGGGAGACAGGUUUGCCGCUAUUUCCCAGAUUUGCCUUAUCAGCUGACGGGGCUGAACCCGCCGGUCAUGGUCAACCACAAGCUGUGAGCGAAGGACACGACAGGUGUGCACUCACAAUCGAUGAGCUGGCACAGGAGGUGGAGGCUUGUUUCCAGCAGCUGUUCACACUGCAGCUGGGCGGUAGGGGCUGGCCGCGCUCAGCCUCUGUGUGCAGGGGAGAGAACUGGAGCUUCGCUCAGGAAUGGCACAUUGGUGGGGAGAGAGCUUGUUCUCAGCGGGUUUGGGGAAACCAGGGUGUUUGUUCUGAUGAAGAAGCAAAGUCUAAAGAGAGUGGUGAAGGUGAUAAGCCAGAAAACACCAUGGCCCUGGGCACCAGCAAAGUUCCUGAUGACCUAGGGACACCGCCUGAUGGGGUUGAAGCCAGCUCCCCUCCAGGGGAGCCCGCUGAGCCCUCACGUGCCCUCGAGAGAGUGAAGAGCAGGUUUCAUCAGCUCAUUUCUAGACUGAAGAAAGAGAGAAGCCAGAUUUUACAUGACAAUGCCAAACUUCACAGAGACCAAGAGAGGUGCCAUAAAAGAGUGUGCACCCUUGAAAGAGAGAGAGAGGUGACAAAAAUAUCCAGGCUGGAGCAGGAGAACCAGGUGCUGGGAGGGGACAUCUCUCAGUUAAGGAAAGAACUGGACCAAUAUUUACAAGUCAUCUCUGACCUCGAAGACUGCAAUGGGAAGAGUUACAGCAAAAUUUUGGAGCUUGAAGAGGAAAAUGAAAAACUGAAAGGGAAUCUGGGCCAACUCCAGAAGGCCAUGUCGGAGAGCAUUCGGAAAUCCAAAGGCACGGUGGAGCAAGUCGCCCUGGAGAACUGGGAGCUCCGGGUGCUGAUCUCAGAGCUUGGCGUCAGUUACAAAGAGCUGAUCAAGGAUGUGGUGCUGGGCAUAGAAGACAUGAUCUGGGCCUUCAGGAGGGAGAACGAGCACCUUCUACGCAGGGUCCACAUCCUGGAGAGGGACGUCACCUUGCAGAGGAGCAUGGAUCAGGAGCGUUCGAUGAGGGGAAGGCAGCACCUUCAGGGAAAAGCCAGGAUGCAUGCUGUGGACAAAGAGGUGCAGGUGACUCCAUGCACAGGGCAGCUGCUUCCCAGAGCCUGUGGGCCACCCUUGGAGGAGGAAACGAACCUGGCUGUAGGGCAGACAGGACCUUCCACAGGCGCUGGGAAUUCCGGACGCAGUGCUGGUUCUCCUCCUCCAUCACUGGUCUGGAACAACACUGACAUAGCCAACACCCUUCGAGGAAGUGUUGGCGGAGCCGGAGUGAAAGAAGCACGUUUGGAGAAAGAGAAGAGGCCCUGGUGUUCUGUGGCUCAAGGGCAAGCUCUGAGGUCCCUGAGCAACGGCCCUGAGCUCCAGGACUCAGAGGCUGAGGGUACCGAGGAGGGUCACAAGCUGCGUGCCCAGCAGCUCCAUCACCGGGUACUGACCUUACAGUGCCAGCUCAGGGACCUGGGCGCCACCCACCGGGCAUCUCGGGACGAGGCCACCCGUCUCCAGGAGGAGCUCCAGGCCAAGCUUGAAGAACUUCAGAGAAAAAAGCAUGAAGCACAGUUGGCGGUGACUCCCCUGAAGGCCAAGAUAGCUUCCCUGGUCCAUAAGUGCCGGGAGAGGAACCACCUGAUCACCCGCCUGCUGCAGGAGCUGCACAGACACGGGCCAGUGGACCUUCUGCUCUCUGAUCUGGCGCAGAACAUGCUUGGUGAUGUGGCUCUGGCUGAGUACAUGGCGGCCUUCCUGGAUCCCGGAGUCCCAGAGACGAGCCACCACCCGGACAUCAAGUCUGAGAUGACAGCAGCUCUAAGAGCUCACACAUACCUCUUGAAUCCUGAAAUGGACAGUGUCCACCAAAGCCCACUGUCUUCAGAGUCCUGGCCUGUUCCCAAGCCCGAGAGGCCAGCACAGACAGCCCAACUGGAUUCUCAGAAGCUCCUUCUGUCCUCGGAGUCCACGCUUGAUCCUGGAACGUGCCUAGCCAUGGUCACUGAGGAAUCAGGACUCCCCGCACAACGUCUGCAAGAAAAAGGGGGAAUGCUCCGACCUGCCCUCCAUGCCGACAACGCCCCAGCUCACUCCGAGCUCCUGAGCCCGGCGAGGAUCCUGGCUUUUCACCGAGAACUUAGACAAAGCAUUUGCAGCAAUUCCCAGCUCCAUAAAUCACCCCUGGAGUUAUAACUAAUAGGACCACUCGUUCUCCGGAGCCAUUUCAUAGACUCCAUAAAUAUUUGAAGCAGAACCUUCAGAGAGUGCUUUAAGAAAUUGGUAGCAAUCAAAGCCCUCGUUUCGUGGCAAGUGGUUUUGCCUUCGGCUUAGGGAUUUGUGUUCACUGUCAGAGCUUGAGAGCAAGGCUGGCCGGUGCCUGGCACGUUCUGAGGAGCUCGGCUUCGGCAAUGUCAAGGCAGCAUAGGAAAUACUUACGGUGCCAAAACCUAUCGAAUGAUUGUCCAGAGGUUCUCAGCUGGGUGCAGUUUUAGCCCCCCAGGGAAAAUCUGGCCUUGUCUGGAGACACUGUUGGUCGUCACAGCUGGGACACUGCUACUGGCAUCUGGUGGGUAGAGGCCAGGGAAGCUACCAAACAUCCUACAACGCCCGGCCAGCCUCCUAUGGCAAAGAAUGACAGUCCCAGUGCCGCCAGUGCCAGGAUGGCGAGCCCGGGACAGACCUCACAGCUGCGAACAUGAUCAGCCAUGGAGAAUUGUUCUGUUAUUUUUCUGCCCCCAGGGUCCCUCCUGUCUUCUAAGGGAUUUUUUGUCUAUUAAGUGAAGCACCUAACUUAAGUCAUUAUACAUUUUACAUUUAAAAACAUUAAAACUGACCAGAACUUUCUAGUCAGUCCAUUCACUCCAAAAACAUCUGUUGAUACCUACUCUGUGCCAGGCAGUGUGGCAUGAAGGGGAAAGAGAUGCGUCGGUGUUGAUCCCGGCGCCGGGGACCUCACAGGACAGUGGGAGAGACUCCUGCGAGUAAAUCCACAUGCACACAAGUGUCACACGUGCCCUGAGAGACGGAAGGAAGGCAAGGGGCAGUGCUACGUGGCUUGGAAGUCAGCCACAAAGGAAUGGCUGGGCAACAUCUUGUGAGUGAGGUGGGAAGGGCGAGGCUGGAAGAGGGAACGCAUGUGCAAAGGCCCUGAGGCAUAAAACUGAACUCUGGAUGUGCUCCUUGGAGGGGGAGUGGGCAAAGUAUACUCUUGUUAAGCCAGCUGCAAGCAGUCACUGCCUCGUUCCCAUCCAGCACCCUUUCCUUCCCCUGAGAACAGAGACUCAGGUGGGUGAGCCAGGAGAAGAGCACAUCCCUCCUAAGGGCAGCCCCCCAAAAACAGACUCCAGGAGGCUUGGACCACAGGCACCAGACCCUGAUCCAGGCUCACCCACAGAACUGUCACCUCUCUCUUUGGGAAGGGGCUGAGGAGGGGCUUGAGGGAAAGGUCAGUGCUACCUGUCCAAUUCUGUCCCCUCCUGGAGUGGCUGUCCCUUCAUGGAAGGACAAACAAAGACAAGGACAAGGAGCUGAGGGCUCCCCGGGAAGGGUCAAAGUGCAUACAUUGAUUUUACAUAGUUUAGCAUUUUGUUUUGAAAUGAAAAUUACAGAGUUCCCAUCGGUUCUUCCCCGGGCUUCCCUCAAUGUCAGCAUCUCGUGUGACUUACAAUUAUAGAAACUAGUGGGUUUUAUUUUGAGGAAAAUUGGGGAGCCAUUGAGACAUAAGAAAAGCAGCCUCAGCAUAUGGAGUUCCACCCUUUAAAUUAGCUUAUGGGGUUUUCUGAUGGGUUAGCACAUUCAUCCAUUUAUUCCUGGAUUGAUUUACCCACAGAUCCAUCUAUUUAUUUAUUCAAUCUGCAUUUAGUGACGGCCAUGUUUGUCUGGUCAACAAAGAUGAUGCUGUCCACCUAGGUUUUCAGGGACCCCCCUGGAGAACCUGUGGCCCCGUUACCACCCCUCAAGGAGUCCCCAGACUGGAAACCACUGCGGUGAUCCCUCUGCUGGUUGGACCACCCCAGUGCCUCGCUGUAAUUUCCAAGCAGGCAGUGACCUGCAGCGCUGGUUUAGCGAUCCACCUUCUGCCUCCCUCUGUAUUUUGGGACAACAUCAUUAGCUUUGAGCAUCAGGAGCUUGAUGGAGAGAGGACAGAAAGCCGGUGCAGUCGAGGACAGCCAGCUGAGCCCUUGCUGAGUCAGCGAGAUGCAGCGUGGUGCCACCACACUUGGUCUCCAGGACCACCAGGAGCUCAGACGUUGGGCAUCUUGUCACUUCGUGCACUCCCCGCGCACUCACGUGCCGGGCCUGGGCAAAAAGCAACACAGGAAAUCUAUUACAGCAAACAAGAUGGUCUGUACAGCUCAACCCAGCGAUUCCCUAAUAAAUCAUGUUUCUGAGGUGCAAGCCAGUUAUUCUCCCGGGCCAUGAAUCCCCUCUGGGACUAGCACUUUGGGUCAGCUCCAGCUUUGUGCCUGGGCUCCUGGGGCAGUUCUGCAGCAUGGCGGACUCCUGCCUUCCCCUCGCCUGGUCUGUAGACCCCAGCCCUUGGAAGGGCACACAGUGGCUCCCUGCAUUCAUCAGAUGAUCUGGGGCAGGACCUGCUCUGGUGACCCAGCGGAUUCAGGUAGGAACUUGGCACACAAGAGCUGGUCUGCAGCUGCCCCACCAGCAGGGAAUGACUCUACCAGUGACCCUGAGACCAGCCAGACAUCCAGCCUGGCUCUGCAGCAGAAAACAAUUUGUCACAGGACUGUCAGCAAACAAUGGUUGACUUCCCUGGCAUCGGAGCCCUAACCCCUGCAAGGCUCCUCCUUGUGCCUCCCCUUGGCUGAGCCCAGCUGGAAGCCAGAGGCCAAGGGAGCCAGGGAUGUCAUCCUUGGGGUCAGCCUGCUGGGGCCAGAGAAUGGAUGAAACUGGGACCAAGAGGGCAGAGCCACAGCUGGAAGGACAGCUGAGUGUCAGAAAACACAGAGGGCAGAUGUGCCGGCCCCAAGUCCCACCCAGCCCAGGGCCCAGCCUGCUAGCUGGUCAAGAAAAAUGCAAGUUUCCUUCAAGUGGCAAACAGAAGAAGCAGCAAGGAGGUUGAUGGGUGAAGGCCUUGGAAGAGAUCUCGCCGCCCGGACUCCACAGGAACCCACGACUCAUUUUGCUCAUUAGAUUCCAUGUGGAUCUCCGAUCUGCAGAUGCCAGGCUCACAUUCAGAAGGCAUGUUUGUGAACGAAAUGGGCGGUUUGCCCUCUCCAGACACUGGCACUCUGACCAGGCCACUUAAAUGCAGGAGAAGACACAGAGGAAAAUGAAACCCUCAUGGGAAACCACAGCUUCUACAUGCCCGUCCCUGUCAGCACAUUGAUCUGCCGGCUGGUUUCCAUAAGCACUUGGUCAGAAGAAACAAAAGUCGUACAUCAUCUGCUCCACGAGCUCCCCUGGUGACCAGGAACCCAGCUGCUGCUGUCUGAGAAAGGAAGACAGCACAGAAGCAAACACAGCAAGCUGGAAAAUAUUUACAUCCUUCUCAAUGGACCGACGGAGAAGAGGUGGCUCAUGGUUCACGAUCCUUUCCAGAGAGCCAGAUUAUAAGCCAAGCAACCAUCUUCCUGUCUCAGGUCACUAAUGGGGAAUAUUUCUACUCUGUAUGAUACCAAGCAGGGGACCCAGGAGAUGGCUGUUGACUGUAAGAAGCCCACAUUUAUUGGCAUGGGUGAGUGGCAGGAAGCCGGGUCUGGAGCCCCAAGGACCCAAAGACCUGUCGGCUGUGCUGCUCCGACGCUGGGUCACUGGGCACAAAUAACUCCCUUCUUCCACCAUCCUCUUCUUCAUCUGUCUGAGGGUCCUAUGCCUACUUGACAGUUUUGACAACCAAGUGAGCUAAUGGCUGGGAAAGUGCCUGAGCACCGUAGAUUCUUCCCACGUCAGAGGCCUUGCUGUGUUUGUGAAAUGCCUUCCUCCAUCUUAGGUACUUCACUAAUGGUUGUUCAGGCGCACACUCUUGCCGUAAGGACGCAUAGCUUCCAUCCAAGAUGGGUGAUGAGGGGAUCAGGGUUUUAAAAAAUCACUGAAGUAGUUAUUUUGAUAUUAUAGAACUCCUGCAGAUGCUUGGGCUAAGGUGGAGUUCCCAACUUGCACGCAUGUGAACUCUUUCUUAAGGAGAAGGAGCAUGGAUUUCAUCCGAUUUGCAAAUGAGACUGUAGCCAAACACUCGAGUAGCCAAGCACCCCUAGUCUAGGCAAAAAGGACUCUCUCAGGAAACCCAGAGACCAACUCUGCCUCCAACUGCUGCUGACUUUAAGGCUGCCCUUUGGCCUCUAUCCACCUCACCUCCUCAUCUGUAAAAUGGGUGUAGCACAGCCUUCCAGUUGCUUCCAGAGUAAGUUCCACUGAGGGGCCAGCUCUGGCCAGGCAGAAGACUUCCAGUCCCAGCCUCCUUGCUUCCAGAGUAAGUGAAGAGAUCCUCUUCUCUCAGACAUGUCACUUCAGGCAACUUGUAUACAGGAGUUGCACCCAAUUGACCACAGCACCCCAAAGUGCCCAGGCAUACAGCCUCAUUUCAGCUCCUUUCGCUGGGCGGUUAAAGAGCAUUACGGCCCACUUGCUGUGCUGGGAUCCAGGAGAGUGCUUCCUGUGACACCAUUUCCCUGUAAACUGCAGGGCUGUGAGGCCCGCUUAUACUGACAGCCAGGGGCCUGGCAGGGACCUGCGAAAUCUCAGUACCACCCAGGAAUAUGUAGUGAAGAGCCAGCUGCUGCACAGGAAAACCUCAGUGAGCUGCAUGUUUUCCUGCCCUGGCUGCUGUGAGACAACGGGUGGUGGCUGGAAGUCAGGCCUGGUGGAUGGAGUUGGCCGUGGGUGUCUCAGAUGUCCACAGAUCCUGGGGCAGUGGUCAGUGCUGGGUGGGCAACAGUCAGCCCCCACACCACAUUACAAACCUUAGAGAAUUUCCAGUCCACAGCAGGUACUGGCGGCCCUUGGGCCAGAUUCAGCCCAUAAAUGUAUCACAUUUGGCUUACAUUUUAUGUUUUUCUAAUUGUGAAUGCACUUUGUGCCAGUGAGCUGGAUACUUAAAAAUGGUUAAGAAAGCAUGUUUCUCUAAAACCCUAAAACGUAUCUUCUUAACCAUUUUUAAGUAUCGGAGUGCAUUCACAUUGAUGUGCAGCCAUCACCAUCAUCCAUCUCCAGAACCUUCCAUCUUGCACAACUGGAAACGCUAUAUUCAUUAAACGCUCAUCCCCACUCCCCUGUCCCACAGCUGCUGGCACCCACCCUUCUACUUUCUGCCUCUGUGCAUCUGACCACUCUAGGACCUCGUGUGAGUGGAAUCAUGCAGUCUUCGUCUUUUCAUGACUGGUUUAUUUCACUUAACACAAUGUUUUCGAGGUUCAUGUGGCAGGAUGUGUCAGAGUUUCUGUCCUUUUUAAGGCUGAAUAAUAGUCCAGUGUGCAGAUGGACCACAUUUUGAUUAUCAUUCACGCAUUGAUGAACCUUCGGGUGGCUUCUACCUUUUUGGCUACUGUGAACAUUCCUCCUACGAACACAGGUGUACAAAUAUAUUCCUACGUUGCAUUUUUUAAUAUUGGAGUUAGCAAGUGGUAUUUAAAAACCAAGAGAUUUCAUAUACAAAUCUGGAUUUCUGGCUUCUCUUAGAAACUCACUGUAUCUGACAGCAUCAGGCCUCUAUUUUCCUGGCCACAGUCAGAGGUGAAUGAAGCCAGCUCGCUCCCUUCCCUACUGAGAGGCACCCCAGCCAGUGGACUACAGGGCCCCGACUCCUUUCCCUCCACUCACUGCAAAACCUGCCUGGGUUCCACAGUCUGUGGCUUGGUGACACUUCAUCCGCUCAACACCCUUCUGUUAUGGAUGAAAAUGUGGAGGCCCAGGGAGGAAGGGUGGCUGGGCCCCAAGGUCUCAGGCCAGAAAGCAAUGCAAUGGCUGGAAUGCAGGAAGGGCCUGCAUGCAACUGGGCACUGCAAAGCCUUGAUUCUACUCCCAGCUCUGCCACCUGUCUCUCCCAGGGACCUGGGACAACUUUCUGAACCUAAGUUUCCUCUUUGGAGGAAAAUGGGAGAAAUGGCACCUUCUCUUGCAGCCUCAUGAUUACGUGAAGAUGGAAGGAGAUGAUGAGCAUUCACAGUUGAAUGCAGUCGGGAUGGGAAGGGGCGUUACUAGAAGCACAGGCCACAUCAGGCGACCUAGCGUCUGGGGGUCUGUUUCCUCAUCCGUGAGACAGGAGAGGGGGCCACACCUUUCCCCACAGGGCUAGUCUUAGGAUCAACUGAGGCAGAGAAGGAAAAGCAUCCAGCAGAGGGCUAGGCACCCAGCAGAGGCUUCAAAAAUGCUACUUUCUAAUAAGUAAGGUCACAUCCAAGGAUUCCAAAUCCCAUUCCUGCAGAACACAACCCAGACAGAGGCGUAACAUCAUGGGAGUGACUGGCUUCAGGGUCUAUUGGCCUGAUUUCAAAACCAAAGCUAGACAUUUUAGCCACUGAGGGCACAGGGCAGGUGAGCCCUUUUCUCUGAUCUGCAAACUCUUCCAUUGUUUAGUGGGGAAAAUAUCACUCUCCCUGAUAGCACAGGUGGAAAUGAGAAACGGAAGGUGCUUUGCACACAGUAGACGCUCAGUAAGACCAAUUCCUUUCUUGCCUUUCUGAGCAGAAAUCUGUUUCCUAGGUUAAAAAGAUGGCAAGUUUUCCAAAUAUGUUCCCCCCCCACCAAAAAAAAAAAGGAACAAGGAAAAGUAUGGUUUCCAGCUUCCCACUGAGGUUCGUCAGUCACCAGGUUUCAUUCACUCAUUCAAGGAACAAACAUUAAUUGAGCACCACUAAGCGCAAGGCACCACACGAGGCCCUGGGGUUCUAGGAGAGAGCAGAGUAGACCACCGUGCCACCCUGGUGGGUGGGCUUCUGCAUGAGUCUGGUCAGUCGCUCCAUGAGUACUCAUUAAGUGCCUCUUCUGAGCUGACUUUCCAAGGGCCCUGGCUUUACCUGAAAGGCUCAUCUGUUGCUGCCUGUGUGUUUCUGGACCCCACCCACUUCUCUGCCAGUCCCAGAGAACAUACCUGUUCUGGGUCCCAGACCUUUAGACACCAUGGUCAUCCUACCCGCCUGUGCUGCUUCUGUUAUCUCCUCAGUCCUUUCCAGGGUCCCUGGCAAGGCCAGUGAAGCACUCCUGGGGUGAACAGUUCAUCCCAUUGCACCCUGUGGGCCAGGUGUGGGCCCCAGAGAGUCUCCCCGCUUAGUUUACCUUUAGGCUUUGAAUGAAAUGGGAAUAUGGAUGGAAAGCCCUUUGUAAACUCUUAAGAUUUACAUGUUUACACAGGAUCGGUGUUUUUUGACUUCCCCCUGGAGAGAUGACAGAGACCAUCUGACGCAGGAGAAAGAGGUUAGGGUUUAAGAGCAGAAGAGCUAGGCUGCAACCUGGGCUCUGCAAUUUAUCAGCUCCGAGACCAGGGAAAGCGACCCGCCCUCCUUAGUUUACUUGCUGGGUAAAUGGAGGUAAUAAAAUACCCAUCUUGACACCUACUGUGCUCAGUAAGGGAAAAACUGGAUGGGAAGGCAUUUUGCAGACUUACGUGUUGUGCGUAUACUUUACUCAUGUCAUUAAUUUAAUGCACAUUUAUUAUAUACCUACUGUGUGCCCUUAUGAACGAGGUGAUACGUCAUAUGACAAUUUGGAAGAAAGUCCACAGGCUAAGGGAGAGAAGAAAUGCUUGUCAGAUGGUUUCACUGCACAUUCAUAGAUUAUGAUCAGCAACAGCCAGCAAGUUGGCAUGGCAACGUUUCCCCAUGAACUGCUAGGCACUGUUCUUAAAAUAGGUAUGUUGGAGGUGUGGCGGCAGCGGGGACACGCUGAGGCAGGGUGGCUUGAUUGCUCUGCAGACCAAAGUGGGCUGUUUGCUCAGAGUGGCCCUGCCAUUGCCCUUUCCAGGCAAGCCAGCAGGGUAGUGAUUCAGGUGACAGAUCCAGAAACAUCCAUUGUUGGAGCUGGAGACGGUCUUAGACUUCCUCUAGUGUGAGCCACUUUCUCCUCCCCAUUUUACAGGUGAGGAAACUGAUUCCCAGAGAGGUUAACGGACAUCUGUGGUCCAGUAACAAAGCCACUUGUUUGCAGAUGGGACUGAACCUGGCUCGGAUGUCAUCAUGGAGGGUUCUCCAACUGUGCCAUGGGGCCAGCUCUUCUGUUUCCGAAUUUUCGGUCUUGAUCUGAUGCAAUUAAUUUUCUAGUGGGCUACAAUCUAUAUGGCAUCACCUAGCAAUAGGUAUGUGUUUAAGGAAUUAUUUCCUUUUGUGUGGAAUUCAUGCCUGCUUUUCACCCUGGGGAAGCCCUGAAUCCCAGGAUAUGUCGGAAACUCACCUACUUUUUGACUACACUUACAUGAUUAAGCUUUAAAUCCACCCUUUUAUAGCCUUCCUUACCUAGUUUCUCAGUGUGAAAUCAAGCAUCAAAACUGAUCAGAGGUUUAUGAAUUGCUUUGCAAUGAAAUUAUUAUAUGACAUUAGUUACCCAUCAUUGCAGAAAACAGGAAACCCAAGUCCUUUCACAGGUGAGUUCCUUUCUAUUUGUUUUACUUAGCAAUUUAUUGAGUAAACCUUUAUAAACUUGAGAGGGGCUUUUCACCUUCAGGCUGGUGAGCUUUUUUAAAGAAAUUCACAGCUUCCCUUUGACUCCAGGGUUAAAUUCCAGGUCUGAAAUGUGAAAUCUUUUGAGAAUUCACUCAACUCCUGAGAAUAGGGUGCUAGACAUUUCUGACAUAUUUUAGACACAACCAUUUUUUCUCCAUUGAGGCAGUGCCAUGCGGUGGAAAGGGCUCUGGGUCGGGAUUCCAGCGAGGGUAGGAGGGGCUGCGGCCCUGCCACUUACCCCUUCCAGGUCGUUUGAAGGACAUAAAGACUGCACUCUGCAGUGAUGAUUCUUCACCCUGGUUGCAUGUUGGACUCACCUGCAGAGUCUUUUAAAAAAUAGAUGCCCAGGCCUGUCUCCAGGCCACUUAGGUCAGGUUGUCUUGGGUGGGGCCCUGGGCAGAGAUCAUUUUGAAAAGCUUCCCAGUGAUUUUAAUGGGCAAGUGAGGGAGAACCACGGGAAUACACUCACAUAGUCUCUUUCAAUUCUCCCAUUCCCUGUGCUAAUUAAAUUCUAAAAUGCUACCGUGGGUUUCUUCUAUGUUAGACUCCUAUUUAUUUUUGCUCCUAGCUAGGAAAGAAAUGUGUCCUCAGAGUCGAAAGGAUGAAACGUCUCAUAUUUGGAGUAUUUUUGACCAUGAGUUGGCUUUGCAACUCUACCCUCAGAAGACCUUUUAAACAGCUGAUGAUUCUUAGGGAAAUGAAAUGCAUGAUGUAAUACUGCAUUGAGCCCCACGUGGCAGAUUCUGGAGCUGAGCUUUUGGUGACUGGUCAUUGCACAGUUCAACGAAAGUUCAGAUAAUAUAAAUGGGUGGUACAAUAGACACACUCAAUGAAUCUCUUGGGUGGUACAGUUGUUUGCAUCCUAAACUCCAGAAUAUCCAAAAAGAGAUAUUCUAUGAUCGAUACAUUUACCAGUUGAGGAAGCAAACACAAGUAGAUUUGCCUUUGGCAUGCACACCAAUGGCCAACAGCAUUUCUACCUAGCUUUGAAAUAAACUAUUUGAAGUUCUCUGGUGCCUUAAGGUGGUACAGAAAGAAAAGACCCCUGGAGUUGGUUAAUGUAUUUAGUCUUCUUCUCUGUGUUACUGGAUUUUCUAAAAGCAGAUCAUUUGUACCUUGUACCUAAAACUGCUUUCAAGAACUCAGUGGACUUGGGAUUGAAGGAUUGGGUUUUCUCUUUCCCAUGUGAACUUCCCUAAAUCCUACUCUGGCUUCAGAAAGCUCAGCUCCUACACAAGUCUGACCUCGGCAUCCUUAGUGUAAAUGUCAUGUACUGAGUCACGGAAAGACUAAUGGAAGAACUGAUAGCUCAAAAAUGAGUUUUCUUCCAACAACAUUUUUUUUCGUCUCUGAAAACACCAGCCGACUGUGUCCAAGCAUGGGCUGAUGAUCCCUUUAUGUAAUGGUAGAACAAGGGAAGAGAGAGACGAAUGGGAUUGUUAAAAAUGGCUGAAAACUUGGUAUCAACUUUGAGUUCAUAUUAUCUUUUUAAAGUAAUACAAUACAAUAUUUGUAAAUAGGACACCGAAAGUGAGGAGGUAAAGAAAUACCUAUGCAGUGACGUUCUAAGCAUUAGCUCUUCAGUGGACAAGGACAAGGACAAGGUCCGCACCCACAGAAGUAGGGGAGUAGUUAUGGGCCCAGACGCACGGCGGCUCUGCCACCAAUGAACUGUGCAAGCUUGGAGAAGGUACCUACGUCUCUCAGCCUCAAAGUCCUCAGUGGAAAUAGUGGGAAGGGGUGAGGAUUAAACAGACAGCACGCUUCUGAAAGCACUCAGCAUGUCAGUGGAUGCUUCCCUCACCCCUUUGAAAAUGGGCUCUGCACAGACACGUUUUGGUGGGAGGCUGGGGCCAGUGCCACCAACCUGAGUUGGGGGAAUAAGAUGGUCCCUUCCGCAGUUCAGGUUUGCACAAGCAGCUUUUGCAGGUAAGGCAGGGAGAGGCGUCGGCGUUGCUGGCAGAGUGAUAAGCAAGGCUUGCAAUUUCACCUUGGUAGAACCACUGUGGUCUCCUUAGUUCUUCCAGGUUGAAUCCUGGGCAGAGAUCACGUGAAAGCUGAGAAGCCCAGACACCAGUUUAGAAAUUGUGUACUUGCCCGCCGAAUCCCAAAUGCACAAUAACUCUAUACCUUGCGGUUGCAUGAUCUACGAGGCGUCCUAUGCACCCUCAUUAAUAAACCCAAGGCUCAGAAUGUUGGCAGACCAAGUUCUGCCCCUCCCUGGAGUGAGCCACCUCGCUUCACAUGGGAGUGGUCCAGUGACACAACCCGAGCCUCCUCCGGAAGCUCUUCAGCAGGACCCUCCUCGGGGUCUGGAGCAGUGGUCUGUCCCCCGAGGCCCGCCUGAUGUGAAACCAUCAGUUCGUGGAGAUGUUUAUUGGAUUCCCGUCCGGUAGUGGGUCAGGCUCAACCCUCCCUUUGGGUUUUCAGGAUGUGUAAUGAUCGCUCCAUUUGUGUAAAACAGGCCGGCAUUUUCUCUUGUUACUGAGAUGUAUUUUUCUAUGUUAGUUAAAUGUAAAAUUUGUGUAUUUUGUACAUUAAAAUGUAUGCUUUUUCACAAUUAAAGGGACUUUUUUCCCUUUUGAA